AUGUCCUCCUCCCCCUCCUCCUCCUCCUUCCUCAAAAAAACCCACCUCUUCCUCCGCUUCUUCACCUACGCCCUCUCAACCCUCUUCCAAAACCUCUCCCACACCCUCUCCGCCACCCUCCACCGCCUCCUCUACAAGCCCCUCCCUGCCGCCGACCACCAACGCCAAAACGUCGUCAUCGUCGGCGCCUCCUUCGCCGGCUACUACGCCGCCCAGUUCCUCGCGACCUCCCUGCCGCCCACCCACCGCGUCGUCGUCGUCGAGCCGCACUCGCACUUCCACUUCACCUGGGUCUUCCCGCGGCUGGCGGCCGGCGGGACGAACCAGGCCGGACACGAACACGAGGCGUUCAUUCCGUAUGGGCCGCAUUUAAGGCGCGCGCCGAAGGAUGCGGUGGUGUGGAAGCGGGAUAAGGUGGAGAGGGUGGGGCGGGAGAGUGUGGUGUUGCGCGGGGGCGAGGAGGUAAGGUAUGCGUAUUUGUUGGUGGCGACGGGGAGUAGUGCGGGGCCGCCGAGUCGGAUGGUGGGCGCGGAGGGGAAGGGGGAGGGCGUCGCGGUGCUGAGGGGGGUGAGGGAGCGGGUGGAGGGGGCGGGGAACGUGGUUGUUGUCGGGGGUGGGGCGGUGGGCGUGGAGGUGGCGACGGAUGCGAAGAGCGCGUGGCCGGAGAAGAAGGUUACGUUGGUGCAUUCGAGGGAGGUGGUGUUGGGGAGGUUUGGGCCGGAGUUGCGGAAGGUGGCUAUGGAGACGAUGGAGGAGUUGGGGGUUGAGGUCGUAUUGGGCGAGAGGGUGAAGGAUGAAGGGAAGGGUGAGGGGGUCGUUACGCUGAGUUCGGGGAGGGUGCUGCCGUGUGAUUAUUUGAUUGAUUGCACUGGUCAGAAGCCGGUGUCCGGGAUCCUAACGGAUAUCUCCCCUUCUUCGAUUUCGCCGUCCGGUCACAUUCGUGUAAAGCCGACAAUGCAGCUUGCAGAUGAAUCCCUUCCGAAUGUCUAUGCAGCCGGUGAUGUUGCAGAUACAGAUGCUCAGAAGGCCAAUGCUCGUUCUGCUAUGAAGCAAGCAAAAGUUGCUGCUGAUAACAUCCUCUUGGCUAUCAAAGGCCAACAACCGCGGAAUCAGUACAAAUAUGUGUGGCAAGACGGUGCUAUCCUUUUGACUCUGGGACUGCACAAAGCGGUUGUGAACAUUUCUGAUGACGAGACGGAGAUGAACAUUCACACCAAGGGAAAGGAUAUGUCUCUCCAUGCUGCAUCUGGCUGGAAACACAUGGGUGUAAAGCCAUUUGAUGAUGAUUACGAAGCUGAGAAGACCUUAGACAAUUAG